UUACACACACAAAACUCCAAAUUCAUGCCAUUAAACACGCAAAAAAGCAGAGCCAAACUUUUCGAGAAGAAUUAUCAUUGCUGCCAACUACAAGAUGAUGGGGGGAGAGCCGGGCAGAAGCAUGUCAUGUCGAGAAUAUUGGCAGAUCGAAGAGGCCAGCAAGAGGCAGCGUAGUCGUUGGUGAGACAUGCCAUGCAAGGCUAUGCCCUUCGCCCCCACUUCCCUGUACUACGUGUUUUCCUAUUAGCCUUCCACUCACCUGUCCCCCCCUCUUCCACCUUCUCCACCUGGUUUUUAGUUUCCACUCUUCUCCACUAUUCGUGCUCCACUCCCACUCAACUCCUCCAUUCUGUCUCUCAGUCUGUUGUCCCACUUAAUUCCUCAAGAAUGAAGAUCUUCAAUUGGGUUCACCGCAAGUUUCAUCACAAAGAGGAGAAGUCCAAGGCUGAGUUGGUUAACACUGAAGCGGAUACGCAGGUGCUACUUGAAAGUGUCACCCUCGCCAACGUCCUCGAUGAUUGGAGUGAUGGCAUUCUCACUAUUGGUACGUUUGGGUUAGAUCCCGUCAGCGUUUUCAGUAAGAUAAACGUGUCUUCGGUCUUUGGGAAAGAAGAAGAGUGUUGUGAUGAACUAGAAGAGUAUGGGGCUGAUAAGGGCGAUGAAUCGGAUGAGGAGAAUGAGAUGGAAGGAUGGGAUAAAGAAGAAGUUCACCCUUUGGUGUUUGCAGCUCUUGAUGAUGAGGGCGGCAAUGGUCUAAAUUAUGAUGAGAAAGCUGAUUUCAUAAUGGCCGGCGCCGGCGAUGGCAGUGUUAUUCCUCUUCCUUUGGAGAUUGGUUUGGAUGCGAACGAGGACAAGGAGACCAAGAAAAGAGAGAGAACCACACUUGCAGACUUGUUCUCGGCUGAUUCUGAGAUCGUGAAAAAGCGAGAUCGUAGCAAGCUGCACCUGGAUUCCAAAAGGAAGGCUGACGAUCUUCAUCCGAAGAAGGGCCUCUCAUUUGCCAAGAAGCUCAUUUCUCGCGUUGGAGAGGAUGCACAUCCCGUCAAGAAACUGCAACGAAUGAUAAGAAGGAUGAUGAAGAGGAAGAUCCAUCCGGACUUUGAAGGAGAACUUCAAAUCAAGGAAAAGGAGAGCCAGAUUAAGCCAAUUGCCAAGUGUGGACUUCCUGCUGGAGGGCAUAGAGCCAAUGAAUCGGUUUCUCUUCUUCAAACUAAAGAUGCAAUGGUCGUCUAAGACUCGGAGCUGUGAUGAGAAAUCUUAAAUGCUUAAUUCCUAGCUAGCUAGAAGCAAACUCUCGCCUUGUGAUUGUUAUUAUGAAAUAAUUUUCUUUGUCAAGAAGCACUGCCUUUGCACUUUUUUAAUUUUCUGGGUAUAUAUAUCUCUAAAAUAUAAAUUGUUCUGUUCUGGUUUAUGAUUGUGUGAUGAAUAUUGAAACCUGAGACUUUAUUGGCCUUCAUUUCGAUCAUCAUCACCUA